AUGGCUAGAGUUGAGACUAUCUCUUCCAAUCCAAAUCUUGCUCCUCCACCUUCUCUCUCGUCCAGCACUGCAACACGCGUUACAUCUGUUUCAGCGAGCCCCGGAUCGGAGGAUGACACUCCUCCCCUACACGCAGUCAACGUCGCCCUGCGAUGGAACGGGUCAAAGACUAUGAUCUGGAGAGUAACGGCUACCUUCUGGUGUGCACUUGUCAUGGGGUCUAAUGACGCGGCAUAUGGAGCGAUAAUCCCUUACCUUGAGCUUUCUUAUGACAAGAGCUAUACGAUCAUUUCCCUAGUCUUCCUGUCACCAUUUCUGGGCUACACCAUCUCCGCCGUUCUCAGUAAUCAGAUCCAUCAGCGGCUUGGUCGUCGAGGAGUGGCGUUUAUUGGCCCAGCGUGUCACGUGCUUGCCUUCGCCGUCAUAUCGAGUAAUCCGCCCUUUCCAGUGCUGGUGAUAAUGUAUAUCUUUGUCGGACUCGGAAGUGGGAUCCAGAAUGCGGGGUGGAACGUGUGGAUCAGCAGCCUGGCCAAUUCGCACGAAGUCCUCGGAUGUUUUCACGGAUUCUAUGGUGUCGGGGCUACAGUCAGUCCGCUUAUUGCGACUACCCUGAUCACAAAAGCUGGCUGGGCAUGGAAUUCAUUCUAUUAUCUCCUGACGGGAGCUGCGGUUUUAGAACUUGUCAAUGCCACCAGCGCCUUCUGGGCGGAGACGGGAUCCAAAUACCGACAGGACAAUCCGUCGACUCCGGGUAGAGAUGGAGGUAGAUCUCCUAACCAGACCAGACUAUCACUCACUUACCGAGUCACCUGGAUCUGCGCCAUCUUUCUCUUCCUAUAUGGCGGUGUCGAGGUCGCUAUCGGAGGUUGGAUUGUCGUAUUCAUGACCAGUAUACGUCAUGGCAGUCGCUUUGCAUCCGGUAUGGCCGAAACAGGCUUCUGGCUCGGCAUUACACUGGGCCGGUUUAUAUUGGGGUUCGUCUCACCUCGCAUUGGAGAGAGACUGUCCAUUAUCGUAUAUAUUGUGCUGGCCAUUGCGCUUGAACUGAUCUUCUGGCUCGUUCCCAAGUUCAUCGUCUCAGCUGUAGCGGUUGCUCUGAAGAAGGCGGAACAAACGAGCGCGCCGAGAGCCGACAGGAUGAUGGAUCUGACCGAACGAUUAGUGUGCAGCUCGAAUCUGGCCUUCUUUUCUGAUAGAAAGAUCCAAUCUUUGACACAAAAACUGGGGAACUCCCGCCUCAAAUCGUUGGUCGAUUGGAUUGAAGCAGUCAUCGAGGGCCGGUCUAACGGGUCGGUAGUCUACUUCACGCGUAUUCAUCCGAUGUACCCGUUCCUUGACCGACAAAGCUUCGAGGAGACAGCGUUCUCGGCGACGCUCGCACAGACGUUGGAAACCACUCCUGCAUUUUCUGCUCUAUACCACGCAGUACUUGCAUUGGGAUGUCAGUACCAUGACGGUGGAUCCUUUGACCCGGGAAAGGGCAAAGCAUGGAAGUUCUUCCAAAUGUCACUAGGCCUGAUGGCCGACAUCCUUGUACCACAAGAAUCAUUGCUUAGCCUGCAAGCUCUGACUGCUAUGUCCAUCUUUGCCAUGAACACCUGUUGUUUGCAGAUUGACGAAAUCCUAAUCAUGGAGGCAGCGCGUAUGGCGCACGCCCUCCGAUAUCACCGAGCCAUUUGCAGCAGAGAGCAACAAGUGUGGUGCCUGCGAACAUUUUGGGUCAUCUACGGCAUGGAAAAGCAGUUAGCAUUUCAAAAUAGGGAGAAUUCGUUGAUCGCUGAUUACAACGUGGGGUGCCCAAUCCCAGAAACACCAGAGGCUAACUUUGGGAGCUAUAACUGGUUUUUAUCCUCCAUCCGAUUUGCCAGGAUAACGUCACAAGCAUAUGAGCUUCUGUUCUCCAUUAGCGCCACCCAGAGUUCCACAGAGACAUACUACACAACGAUUGAUUAUGUCCAGGAGCGCCUGGAAAAAUGGCGACUGACUGUACCCGAACCGUUCCGACCGGGGGAAUCUUGUCCCCAACAGACCUUCAACGAUCCUGUCUCAAAAAUGGUCGCUCUCCAGACUCACUACUCCUACUACAGCAUGGUCAUUGCUUUGGCGCGGCUUACCCUACAGAUCGGCUCUGACGACGGUGCGCGACAGGACGACAGCAGACGAAGUCUGAUGGCUUCUGCUCGACGGAUAAUUGAGCUGACUCAAUAUAUUGACAAGGCCCCCCAUACACCACUGUUUAUCCUUGCAAUCAUGCCACUUGUAGCCCUCUUCCUUCUUUUCGACUUUGUGGUCCACAAUCCCACACACUCGGAAACAAAGACCAACUUGGCAAUGCUUGAUAUUGUUUCGGGGCACUUCGCUUUUGUAGAGCAUGCAUCGAAUGGAUCCUUGCCCUGUUCAUUGGUCUCAGAGUUUGCCCACAUAGCGCGACAGCACGUCAAAGAUAUCAAUGGUGGACGUGGCCCCGGAGAUAUUAUGGAUGCCCCACGUACCCCGACGCAAAGGCCUUUCCGUGGUCAUAUCAGGACCGGAUCAAGCGUCGACAACCAACGAUCCAAUGUUGAACUCAGCGGGGGGUUCGAACCAUACAAGCACACAGAUAGCGUCGGUCAGCCAGCAGGCGAUCUUUACUAUUCUGCAAUGGAUGCCAGUUUCGACUUCGGUAGCGACCCUCUGUUGCCCGGGGUCGAUCUACGGACGUUGUUUGGGUCGGUUAUCUCGGGCGGCUUUGAUUCUCCUGAAGAUGCCCCUAGUUUUGGGCUUCGGAGGUCGGGGGUAAGCGUCACCACGUAUUCUCUUCGAAUAUCAUGCAGCCCCGCUAAUGGCAGGACUUCCAUAGUCCGACGAUUCAAACAAUUAUACGGUUGCUUACCCCCAACAAGAGAACACCAUAUUGACCCUGUGUUGGGUCUAGAUGAAGUGCGAUCUUUGCUUCGGGUGUUUCGAGAGGACCGGUUUCUAGAAUGGACGCUAGAAAAAUAUCGACGCCAUGGGAACACCUUCACGACCUCGGUUCUGGGUGACGAUAAUAUAUGCACCGUGGAACCAGAAAACAUUAAAACUAUUCUGGCGGUGAAGUUCAAGCAGUUCGACCUAGGAGAGAAAAGACGGAGGACGUUCCAUCCGCUCUUAGGCGAUGGCAUUUUCGCAUCCGAUGGCCCACAGUGGGAACAUUCUCGGACUCUGUUGAGACCGAGUUUCACUCGGACACAGAUCGCGGCGACCGAUCUGUACGAGAGACACAUUCAAAGGCUGAUCAGCCAGAUUCCACGCGAUGGGUCAACGGUGGACCUGCAAGAGCUCUUUUUCAAUUUGACACUCGAUACGGCGACCGAGUUCCUGUUCGGAGAGUCUGUUGAGUCUUUACGUCCUGGAUCUUCCGCAGAAUCCUCUAGCUUUGCCUAUCACUUCAAUGUCGCCCAAGAUGGAAUAGCUUUCAGCGUGGCGCUCGCACCGUUUGACCGAAUGAUUUUUAGACCCAAGUUCAGAGAAUCUGUUGGAGAAGCUAGAGGCUAUGUCGGCAACUUCGUGAAAAAGGCCAUCGAAUACCGACAUUCGCUGGACGCCGAGAAACACGCGGUCGAUACCACAAACUCACAGUCGCGAUAUGUAUUUCUUCAGGAGCUCGCUAAGGAAACAGACGAUCCCACCGAGAUCACCGACCAGAUCUUGAAUAUCCUCCUCGCAGGGAGAGACACAACCGCCAGUCUCCUAAGCAUGGUAUUCUAUCACCUCGCCCGGCGUCCAGAUAUCUGGGAUCUUCUCCGGAGCGAGGUUGCAACACUUGACGGGAAAUGUCCAUCAUUCGAGGAGCUGAAACAGUUGAAAUAUCUCUCCUGGGUCAUUAAUGAAACCUUACGCCUAUACCCCGUGGUCCCAUCCAACAGUCGCACAGCGAACGAGGACACCUUCCUCCCCGUCGGGGGCGGCCCAGACGGAAAAUCACCCGUGUUCGUCGCCAAGGGCCAAAGAGUCGCCUACGAUGUGUACGUGAUGCAUCGUCGCCAGGAUAUUUUCGGUCCUGAUGCGGAAGAGUUCCGCCCGGAACGAUGGGAGACCAUACGGCCCGGCUGGGCUUUUGUACCGUUUAACGGGGGCCCUCGCAUCUGCCUCGGACAGCAGUUCGCCCUGACUGAGGCGUCUUACACCAUCGUACGAAUCGUGCAAUCGUUCAAGGAGAUCACCAAUCGGGACCCGGAGCCGUGGGAGGAGCGUCUCGCGCUUACGUUGGCGAGUAAGCAUGGGACGAAGGUGUCGAUGGUGCCUGUUUAG